AUGCCAGCCGCCACAAUUGGGCAGUGCAUCAGCGCCGGCGAAAGGGGCCGGGGCGCCCCUCGCAAGCCCCCUGCCAGCGGGGACCUCCAGCCAACUCUAGAGAAGGACAAUUCUGCACGAGAAGCUUCAGUGCUUCCGGUUGGGAGGGGUGAUGACAUUGGCGUGCAGGCUCCUGGGAGGGAAGUAGAGAAGCAAGAGAACGUUUUGAAUGGUAAGAAUGAGGAGGGGGCGCGUGGCUGGGCAUGCGUCGGCCGGAAUGGUACGGGGAAGGUGUUGGACGGGCACGCGAAAGAAGCGAAGGCGGGCAGGGGAGAAGCCUUGAGAGCUGGGGAUCCAAGUUCAAAGUCCAUAGGACAAGACAGGGUGGAUGCAGACAGGCCUUUGCAACUAGAGAAUGAAGCUUUUUCAAGAGCUGCUGAGGCCUCGGCAGGGGCGUCAAAUGUGACAUCAGGUAUCCUAGGUAUAAUUGAGUCUGCCCCGCAGAAUGUGACGGGGGAUCCAGUCACUGCUGGCAUAAGCAGUCCUCCUAGGCUAACUAUCCCCAAUACAUCCCCAGGUCACGGCACUCAAACCCAAACAAACACGCCAGAGUUCCGCAGCCCACCAAGGGCGCUAAUCAUCCCUCACAGGUUCUCUUUCGACAGCCCCCACCGACCGACCCUCAUACCGGAGUCCCCUGAGAUUCGCCAGCUCAAGAAACGGCUAAGCACCAGCAAGAUAGAGGCGGACCCUGUACUCGCCUCUUACUUUAGAGAAGUGGACACGAGCACGAGGGAGCAUCUGGUAGAAGAAGCGCUGGGGUUCCCGCAUGUGUCUGCGGAGGAUCUCGCUAACCGGCCCUUUAACCUCCCCGCUAACCACCCCGCGAACCGCCGCAGCUUCAAGACGGUGAAGCGGCUGAUCACAUUGCAGGACAAAGAGGGGAACAAGUAUGUGAACCAGUACCUGAUUCUAAAGCCCCUUGGCCAAGGCAGCCACGGCAAAGUAAAGCUGUCUCUCAACGCUGCCGACGGCUGCUUAUACGCCAUGAAAAUCAUCGACAAGGCGCUCUUGCGUAAGAAGCGCCUGGGCUCGCGCGCCGCCGAAAACGACGCCAUGCGAGAAAUCGCAAUUAUGAAGCGCCUGGCGCACCCCAAUAUUGUCGAGCUGCAUGAGGUUAUCGACGACCCGCUAGACGACAAGCUGUACAUGAUCAUUGAGUACGUGGAGGGAGGCCCUGUUUGGGGCCGGACACACCAAGACCCGCUGCCGGAACACCUGGCGCGCAAGUACUUCCAAGAUGUGGUACGGGGCCUCGACUACCUGCACCGGCACAAGAUUGUGCAUCGCGACAUCAAGCCCGAGAAUCUGCUCCUCGCACCGGACGGCACCGUCAAGAUCAGCGACUUCGGCGUUUCGAACGUCUUUGAGGAGUCGGACGCGAUGCAUCGUCCGGUGGGGACGCCCGCGUUCCUGGCACCGGAGGCCUGCAGUUCAGACACCUUCCGCGGCCGUGACUUGGACAUAUGGGCGCUCGGCGUAUGCCUUUACCUAAUGGUCGUCGGGCGGCUCCCUUUCGAGGCGGAAUCCGUCGCCGGAAUGUACCAUAGAAUCGUGCACGAGCCGCUCGCCUUCCCCGCCGGGACACAGCUGUCGCCUGAGCUCGUGGACCUGCUGACUGGCAUCUUGGAAAAGGACCCGUUGCGGCGGCUCCAGCUGGCGCAAAUAAUGGCACACCCGUGGGUCAACAAGCAAGGGGAAGCCUCCUCGCUCCCCUUGCAGACGGCAGUUGGGCCAGUGGAGUCACUGACUCUCACGAUUGAGUAGGCCUUGCCAUCACGUUCGCGAAUGACUGAUUGUGGUUGCAACCGUCGACUAUCCUUCGAUAUUGAUUUCCUUGGUCGUAUACGCCGUCGCUGGUGAAAUAAGCACAAUCAAGGAUCUUAUUGGUCAGGUAGCCCCGCUGCAAAAUGAGUGUACAAAUGAUAAUACAGAGGUCACGGUCUUUUUGACAUUCGGAAUUGGAGUCUGGAUCCAUAAAUUGUUUUGGUCAACUGGUAUUUCAAGCAAUGAUCACGCGUUAAACGAGAGCCUAUAAAAACGACGUAUACCAGACUUGAAAUGAAUUAGAUACGAUUAAUGGACGAUCAGUCAGAGUCUCAGUCCCUGCAAGUUAUCAGCAACUUACACCAAUAAUUGCAUGCC